AUGAGAUCAGCGACCCCUGACGCGCAACGUAUCGCCAUACAUGAGUUUAUGGCACGCGAGCUCGCCGAAUCCAACCGGCGAGGCUUAAUUCCCUCGCGCCCUUCACGUAAUGAGGCCGUGAAGAUGGAAACCUCCUCCUACUCUGGAGAAGGUAAGGACCGGUUGUCGCUGAAUCGGUGGUUCCGAGAAGUUGAUAUCGCCAUCGCCUCGAGACUUCUUGAGGCUCCCCAGGCGAAGGUCAACUUUCUUCUUUCCCGCCUCACCGGGAAGGCCAAGGAGUGGGCCCUUGGUAAGCUCGUUGUGGACGAGCACGCAUUCCCCACCUUGGAUACCAUCCAGGACGAUCUCCGUCUUGCCUUCGAGCCACCACAAGAGGAGAAACUGGUGCGAUCAAGAUUCCUGUCGAUGCGACAGGGUAAAAUGGCGAUGCGCGAUUACGUACAGAUGGCUAGGCAUCUGGCGUCGUGUAUUAUCACGCACCCCAUGGACAUGUACACGCAGGUGAAUGUCUUUGUGGAUGGUAUGCGUGAGGGGCAGACCCGCUUAUCGCUGGAGCGCGCCGAGCCUGCCACAUUGGAGGAGGCAUUUGCCAUCGCACUCCGUGAAGACUUUAGGGUCACAAAGGCAUAUGCCAAACCCUCGGUCGUCAGCGUUCCCCGGCCUUCUGGUCCAGAACCUAUGGAGAUCGACGUUAUUGAGUCGUCGGGUGACCGGCGACGUGUCUUUCAUCAUAAAGGUGACGCUCGCACCGGGCGUCAAAUGGUUUGA